AUGAAAAAAGGAUUAAAUUUAUAUUUUAAUAAAAAUUUAAUUACUACAUUUAUUGUAUUUAUUAUCUUAUUUUUUAUAUCCCGAUAUUUUUACAAUGAUUCAAAUGAUAUAAUUAAUAAUAAAAAUAUAUAUAAUAUAAUUAAUAAUAAUAAUAAUAAUAAUAAAAAUAAUAAUAAUAAUAAAAAUAAUAAUAAUGAUAAUAAUGAUAAAAUAAGGAAUAAUAUAAGGCCAGAUAAAAUUAUAAAUCAUACAAAAAGAUUGAUUGAAAUUGGAAAUUCAAAAAUUGUUUACGAAGAAAGUAGAAGUAUAGCAAGAGAAUACAUUAGAGAUUAUUUAAUUGAGGAGGGUGGAUUCCCAAAGGAUAAUAUAAUUUGGAAUCAUUUUGAAUGGAACGAAAGAAAAGCUGAAGGUAAAAAUAUUACAACUACAACUUGGACAGGUAUAAAUAUUAUAAUAUGGAUAAAUACAACAUCAUCAUCAUCAUCAUCAUCAUCAUCAUCAAAUAGUAGUAAUGAUGAUAGUAAAAAUAAAGCAAUUAGAAUAAUUUCAUCACAUUACGAUACGAAAUAUUGGGGAUCACCAGAUAGAACAUCAGGAGCACAUGAUUGUUUAUCAGGUACAGGAUUGGUGAUAGAGGAGGCUAUUGAAUUAUUUAGACAUCAAGAAGCAGUGUCAAAGAUGGAGGGUAUUCCCAACGAUACGCCAUACAUGUUUAUAUUGUUUGAUCAAGAGAAUCCAGGUGCAUUGGGUAGCAGAAGUUUCGUAUCGAAUAAUAAAAUCUCAAAGAUGGCAUCUCAAUCAGAGAUAGCCUACUUUUUGAAUAUAGAUACGAUUGGCAAUGAUAGGGUCAUGAUUCAGACAUUGCCCUACGAACAUAAACAUCAGACGUUGUUCACACCACGUUGGUUGGUCAAUUCAAUGGUGCAAUCUGCCUACGCUGUGAAUCCAGUCGAUGGUAUUGCGGUGGGUAGCAGUUCGAGUAUUGGCGUAUCGGUGAUGUAUCAAGCCCACCGUUACCAUUUACACUCGAUCUCUUAUUUAGGCGACGAGGGUCCAUUCACAUGGGCUGGCGUCGACUCGAUGUUACUCACUGAUAACGAUUACUUUUACGGUGAGAAUUCUCAUUCCUCAAAUGACAUUGAAAAGCCAUUCAUUAGUGGUGAAUUAAGUGAUCAACCAAAUCAUCUCGAUCCUGAUCUCAUCAAAGAAACUGCAAAUAUCGUUUACCAUUUCCUAUUGGCUACUUUGGAUGAUUCCUCUUCAAUACCAAGAAAAAGUUUUAAAAAUUUCUCAAAUUCUCCAACUAUCAAUCUCUUACUCUCAACCCUUGAAAAACUUUUAAAUUUAUUCUUUUCUGGUAAUACUCAAUAUCUUUUCAUUGGUCCAAUUGGUUUAGGUUAUUUUCAAUUAAUUUUAAUUUCUUUAUUUUUAUUAUUAUUUAUUUAUUUUACAACAUUUAAAAAUUAUAGAGAAUUAGUAUUACAAUAUGAAAAAUGUAAAUAUCAAAGUAGAAAAAGAAUUUAUAGAUUAAAGAAACAUAAUAUACAGAAUGAAAAUGAUGAAUCAACAAGUGAAAGAGAGGAUAACCAUCAAAGUUUGAAUGAAUUAUCUUCAUCAUCAAAUGAUGGCGGCGGUCAAUCAUCACCAUCAAUUUCAUCAUCAUCAUCUUCUUCAAAUUCAUUAAUUCCACUUUCAUCAGUAGCAGCUAUUGGAUCUUCAAAUACUGUAUCAUUAUCAUCAACUUUAUCAACUUCAACUUCAUCAUCAUCAUCAUCAUCAAAUUCAACACCAACAUUUAAAUCAUCACUUUUUGUAUCAAUUAGAGGGCAUAGAGUACUAUUCCUUCAUCUAUUAACUAUGGCUAUCGUUUCUUUAAUUGAUACAGUUUAUGCUUUUGAAAUUAAUGUACUUGGAUUUUUGGCUUUGGCUACUUUCCAUUGUCAUAGAUUUAAUAUUAAUCUUUUAACUGGUUUCAUCUCUGGUGCUUUUUGUACUAAUUUUAUUUAUAAAGAUAUUACACAGAUUAUGAAAUUUGGUAGAAAAGGAAAUGGUUCACAAGAAUUGGUUUUAAAUAUUUUAUUGGGUAUCUAUAUUAUUCAUUCAAUUUUAAUAGUAAUCUAUGGUUAUGAUUAUGGAAAAAAGAAAGAAGAAUUAAAUAAAUUUGAUAGUGGAAAUAAAGAUAAAUAA